AUUCCAGAGCUUGUGUGCUUCAGCCUGCUCUUCUUCGUCAUCGGAGUCAUCGGCAUCACUGGCAACUUCCUCGUCAUCUACGCCGUCGUGUGCGACAGGAAGAUGCGGGCCUCGGUGACGAACCUUCUCAUCACGAACCUGGCCGUUGCGGACCUGUUGAUCAUGGUGUUCGGGAUCCCGGAGAUCAUACAGUUCAUGAUCAACCGGGGCUGGAUCCUGGACCACCUGUCGUGCAAGGUCAACCGAUUCGUGCUGGUCGUGGCGCUGUACGCCUCGGUCAUGACUCUAGUCUCGAUUUGUGUGGAAAGAUUUAUUGGAAUAAUUUACCCUAUUAGGGCGCAUAUUCUGUGCAACCGUCGUCGAAUUGCCUUUGUGGUGGCUUGCGUCUGGCCGUUUGCGGUUCUUUCCGGCAUCCCAACUCUGCUCUUUAACCAAGUGAAGAAGGGCCAUCCAACGAUGAAAACGCUGUACUGCGUGAUAACGUUCCCAGUCGACCACGACUUCUACAACCUGAUUUUCAAGUACGUCGAGUUCGCAUUGUUCUACAUCAUACCGCUCGCCAUCCAGAUGACACUGUACGCCAUUGUCUCCAAGCAACUAUUCUUGGGUUCUGAAAAGCUGCAUCGAAGACAAACGGUCCUGGACGAAAACGGAUUCGCGAAAGAAAGGACGUCAGAAGCCGUUCAAGCGCGGAAGGGAGUCGUCAAGAUGCUGAUAAUGAGUGUAAUGGUGUACUUUGUCAGCUACUCCCCGAACCAGGUCCUGCUGUUUUAUGACACGUUCAACAGGAGACACUUCCACGACAGCUGGACGUUUCGAGUGUUCGUUAUGAUCGUCGCGUACAUCAACUCCGCGGCCAACCCGAUUCUCUACAGCAUUUUCAGUCAGAACUUCAGACAGAGGUUUGAUAAGGUGUUGUGUAAAAUCAGACUCACUAUAAAGAAAGAGCCGAGGAGACCGUCCACGUUUAGCACCAGUUCAAGGUUUGGGCGCUUCACCAGUCUCAACCCUUCUGCAAACACGGACCUGUGA